CAGUCGUUUGCAGUCUUCUCCCUUUCUCUUUCUAACCACCAUGAUGCUGCGGCGCCAGCUGCUCGAGCGCCUGCCUGUUCUCUUUGUUCUCUUCGCCACGACACUCCUGCAGGUCAGGGCAGAUGAAUUCAAUUGCCUACAGUCCGUCCAGGGGAACCAGUACAACCUCACCAGCUUGGGUGGAGAACACCAGAUCAACCGGACGAGGUCAACACCACCAACGACGACCAUCGACUCUCUUACAUUCAACUUGUGCGACGAUUUGAAAGUGAAGGAGGACGUACAAGAGACAGACCAGUGCCCGAGCGGAACGAGGGCAUGUUUGACGCAAAUCAAUGUCAAAGGGGAGGACUCGGAGCGGAUAAUAUCUGUUAUUCCACUCGCUCAAACUGAGAAACUCCGUCCCAAUUUAACGCUUAAUCGCCCUUCUCCAGAGCACCUCACACUCAUAUUCCAUGGCUCCCAGUACCCGCCGGAAUCCACUGAAACCACGCCAUCCGUCGCUCAAUCACUUAAAUUCACAUUAUGGUGUGAACCGCAGCAACCAACUAACAUCACCAUCGUGGGCUACGACGGCUCCCAGUUGGAAGUGGAGUAUUUCGGUAUCGCAGGGUGCCCCCUCAAAAAUGGCGAUAAACCACCACCUAACGAUGAUAAGAAGGUUGAGGAACCUGUAGGCAGUGGUUUGGGUUGGUUCUUCAUGCUGAUAUUCCUCGCCUUUAUCGCAUAUUUCGCGAUUGGUGCUUAUUACAACUAUACCACCUAUGGCGCCCGAGGGGCUGAUUUGAUUCCCCAUCGAGAUUUCUGGCAAGAAGUACCCUAUAUGCUCAGCGACGUCGUGUCUCAUCUCUGCUCCUCUGCUAAGCCUCGUCGAACAUCACGGAAUGGUUACAUCCAAGUGUAAUUCGUUUUGGGUUACUUUUUCGUGAUAAUCGAUCUACCUUUG